CUUGACAGCUCCCGGUGUAGGCUGUUCAUUAGCAGACCGGACUUAGAUCACCACAAUUAAAUUAAAGCAAUUCCAGAGAGCGGAGAAAAGAUCAAAUCAGUAAGGGAUUUUGCUUUCGAGUGGCUGAUGCCUCUAAAUAAAUCUCAUGGGAGCGUGAGGGCAUACCUGUGCUCUUAUUUUAAUCAUGGCAUUACGCUUUUCGUCCUUCACCAUCAAAGACAUCCUCACCGGAUGUGAUGCCCGGGGGAAGCCCUGUACCAGGAGUACAGAGGAGCUGUGCGCACCAAAGCGCAACAUCGGCACCGGGCAUGGUACGAGAGUCUCCGAUCGGUCUCACCAAGACGUGAAUGAGAACCGCAUCCACCGGGAGAGACUUCCUGCUGAUCUCAGGCUGUCUGUUGGCAAUGUCCGAUCAGCUACCUCCAACAAGGAGGCCACAGGAGAGGAGACUGAGCUCAGUGAAGAAGAGCAACCGCACGGCGUGGAGCGGGAUGAACGGAAGAAAGAGGAGGCGGAGGCAGAGGAGGACGGAUGUCACCACGGCGGGGAGACGGUCAGCUGUUCGUCCGACAAGCAGCGGUGCAGGCCGGGUGCGAAGAAGCGCUCCAGGGCGGCCUUCUCUCACGCACAGGUCUACGAGCUCGAGCGCCGGUUCAACACGCAGCGGUACCUGUCAGGUCCUGAACGGGCCGAACUGGCAGAAACUCUAAAACUCACAGAGACCCAGGUGAAAAUCUGGUUUCAGAACCGGAGAUAUAAAACCAAACGGCGCCAGAUGGCGGCCGAGCUGGCGGCGUGCAGCUCACCGAAGAAAGUAGCGGUACAAGUGCUGGUGAGGGACAAUCAAAAGCAGUACCGUGAAUCGAAUAGAGUACACAUCCCUAUGACUGUGCCCCUGUACCACCAGGCCUACCAGCACCACCCCUACCUGCACUACUGCUGCCAGCCCUGGAGCAGGGGCAGUACGUCCUGUGGAGGGAUGCUCUGAAGCCCUCUCAUAUCUUCAGAGAAUACAUGACUGGGACAAAUGUUUCUCCCAACUCAAGGUGCUGGCAGCUUUCUGUACGGUCAAUGGAUCACCCUUUUGUUUUCCGUUUGUUUCCUAGUAGGGUUCCUUCUUGUCUUAUAGAUGCCAGUUUAGCUAUGGGCUUCAUAAAAUGUAUCUCACAAUGACUAAACAUGGACAUACUCUAUAAAUUGUUAAAAUCAAGGAGAUUAAAAUAACAAUACAACAAGUGUUUGCCUGCAGUGUGGGCAUGCAUUACAAAGCUAUAGACUGUCAAAUAGGCUCAUUUUACAUUACUGUGUGAAGACUUUCUUUUUUAAAUUUAAGACAAAGUGUGUAUGGUUUUUAUUUUGUAAUAAUGUACAAAAAAAUAAUAAUGUAAAUGUGACAAAUGACUUACUCAAACUUUCUUCCUGAUGUGGUGGGUAGUUUUGUCAUUAUCCUGUUUUCUAUCUCCUCUUCUAUUACCUUUCAUAUCUUUUUUAAGACUAAAAGGGGCUGUACACCAAUUUUGAAGGGGUUCAGAAAAACAGUGAGUUUUGUCUUAUUUCUUGUUACUAAGGGGAUGGUUGGCUGACAUUUUUUAAUUUCAUAUUUCAGCAUUCCCAUGCAAGGUUGAUUAAAAAAAGGUUGUAAAUUAUUGUUAUAGUUUGAUUGCGUUAUCUUAAAUGA